GAAAAAGAGAAAGAAAAAAAGAGAAAGAAAGAAAGAGAGAGAGAGAGAUAGAGAGAGAGAAAGAGAAAGAGAGUAAUGGCGUUUUUGAGAACGGUGCCGCGAUGUUGCGCCGGUAAAAAGAUUUUAAAACGCGUGCCACUCCCCGUGGUUGGAUUACGCGAUCAAAAAGUCUCAGCUGCAUUGGUGCGAUUGAUCGAACGUGGAUAUGCCAGUACCAAUAGAGUGACCGGCAGCGAACAACCGGCGUCGGAUCAAGCAAAAACACCCAGACAGAUAGAUCCGCUAGAUUUGAAGUUUAACGACCCAAUUGCUGCCUUCAAAAGCAAGACCAACAUGGAGCUCAUUAGAGCAUAUAUCGUCUAUCAAAUGUGUUCGGUAGAAUAUGUUGUCGAAAACAACAUGCAGAUUAUGAAGCUGGCGAAGAAAAUGCUCGGAGAAAAGCUCUUUACUAAAUUGAUGAAGGGAACGUUUUAUGGACAUUUCGUAGCAGGCGAGGAUGAGGUACAAAUAACUCCGGUUCUUGACAGGUUACGACAAUUCGGCGUCAAACCUAUUCUGGAUUAUUCCGUCGAGGAAGAUUUGUCACAGGAAGAGGCGGAACGUCGUGAAGUUCAGGCCUCUGUUUCGGAAGCGGGUGACAUGAAGACGGAGGGACCGUUGAAGAAAUACCACGUAGAAAAAUCGUUCGCCGAUCGUCGUUACAAAGUAUCCUCGGCUAGGACGUAUUUUUAUUUGAACGAAGCUUCCUGCGAACGAAACAUGGACAUUUUCAUUAGGUGUCUCGAGGCCGUUGCUGGUGCUUCUAUGGGUGUUGGAAUAACGGCUGUUAAAUUGACAGCGCUUGGUCGUCCACAACUUUUGCUUCAAUUGUCCGAAGUGAUUAUGCGAGCGCGACAAUACAUGUCGGACGUUGUUGGUGGCGAGGGUGCUGUUUUGGCUCAUCACGCUAAACCGGAUGAUUUUAAGAAAAAAUUUGAAGAGGCUCACGUAAUGGAUGCGGUAACGGUACAAAAGUUCCUUGAAAAGAUCCAAUCGGAUAAAGAAGGUGUAAUUCACUUGUUUCCUUGGAGCGGAAUCCUGGAUGAGAAUUACGAGUUGAGUGAAACGUUUCAAGUUCCCGAUAUAAAGACUGGAAAAAUGGUGAGAUUAAUGUCACAAUUAACAUCAAAAGAAGAGGAAAUGUUUAGGAAUAUGAUCAGAAGACUGAACAAUAUUGUUACGGUCGCCGACAAGUUAAACGUACGUAUUAUGAUAGACGCGGAGCAAACGUAUUUCCAGCCGGCAAUCUCAAGACUAACAUUGGAAAUGAUGCGCAAGUACAAUACAGAUAAGGCCGUGGUGUUCAAUACGUACCAGACAUAUCUUCAGGAGGCUUAUAACGAGGUAAAAACGGAUUUGGAACAAGCCGAACGUCAAAACUUCUAUUUUGGUGCGAAAAUUGUUCGGGGUGCUUAUAUUGAGCAGGAAAGAGCAAGAGCAGCAGCUAUGGGUUAUCCUGAUCCAACGAAUCCAACUUACGAAGCAACUACUGAAUCUUAUCACAGAACGCUGAUGGAAUGUUUGAGGCGGAUGAAGCAGUACAAAGACAAGGGCGAAGACCCUAAGAAGAUAGGUAUUAUGGUUGCCUCGCACAACGAAGACACCGUACGUUUUGCCAUUGAAAAAAUGAAGGAAAUCGGAAUCUCGCCAGAAGAUAAAGUUAUUUGUUUCGGUCAAUUACUAGGAAUGUGUGAUUACAUAACGUUCCCAUUAGGUCAAUCUGGUUAUUCGGCAUACAAAUAUAUUCCUUAUGGACCUGUUAAAGAGGUAUUACCGUAUUUAUCUCGACGUGCACAAGAAAACAGGGGUAUAUUGAAGAAGAUUAAGAAGGAAAAGAAAUUGCUAUUGAGUGAAAUAACGAGACGCUUUGUGAAAAGACAAUUCUUCUACAAACCUAAGGGCAAUUAUACCCCGGUCUGAGUAUUUCGUCCUAAUUUAGUACAGAGAUAUACUCUUAACUAUCAAAUUUAAGUAGUGAUUGUAAAUUAUUGAAUCUCCAAGACCUUUAAUGGCACUUCGAAUCGAGAUAAUCGAAUUAACCUGGUAAAACUUGUGGUAACAACAACAACAACCAACAACAACAACAAAAAGAGAGAGCGAUGCGCGAGUGUGUAGUAUGAUGCGUGUGUGUAUGUGGCCAGAAAAGGAUAGGGGGCAGUGUUUUUCCUUAAGUAAACUAAAUCGCUUAUGUGUGACCUAAAAAAAAUCGAGCUUUCGAAUUAGCUCGAUAUUAUUGCACUAUUCGGCAUACCAGUUAUAUGCAUUAUCAUAGUUUUACCCGUAUUACAUGAAAAAAAAAAAAAAA